CUGAAAAAUUCAAAUAAAAAUCCUUGCUAGCCUCUCAUUUUCACUCAUUAAAAACAGACUGUUUUGUUUUUUGUUUUGUUUUUUAUAAUUGUUUUUCAACUUUGUUUCUUCUUCAAUUUUUUUGCUGUUAAAAAACGAGAAGAAGAAACACAGGAAUUGAAUGAUGGUUCAAACAUUGACUCGCCUGUAUAGUACUCGAAAUGUAGGAUCUUUUCGCCUGUUUGAUAAUCCAAUGAGACAUCACCACCACCAGCAACAAAACGCAACCGCGGCAGGCGGUAAUAACGAGCACGUGGAUGAUGUCGAUGAUAAUCUGCAACCAAGUGAAGAUAAAUCAAUGGGGCAGCAAAAUAUAGGAGAGCCUGUGGUAGAAACUCCCCAGGAGAGGCCACAAACAGAUAUGGAGCAGAUGAAGGAAAGGUUUUCUAAGUUGCUUCUGGGAGAAGAUAUGUCAGGAGGAGGCAAAGGUGUUCCUUCGGCUUUGGCUUUGUCAAAUGCAGUGACAAACCUAGCAGCAUCUGUUUUUGGGGAACAAGUGAAAUUAGGACCUAUGGCACCAGAAACCAAAGCAAGGUGGAGAAAAGAAAUGGAUUGGCUUCUAUCUGUAACCGAUCACAUUGUCGAAUUCGUUCCUUCGCAACAGAAAACGAAGAACGGAACGAACGUGGAGAUUAUGGUCACGAGACAAAGGAGUGAUCUGCUUGUGAACAUACCUGGUCUAAGAAAACUCGACACGAUGCUUAUUGAGACUCUUGAUGGCUUUGGACAAGAAAAAGAAUUUUGGUAUGUCUCUAAAGAUGAUGACCAAGAGAAUGAAAACGGUCAAAGGGACGAUAAAUGGUGGCAUCCAACUGUUAAAGUACCUGUAAACGGGUUAUCGGAAAUGUCACGGAGAUGGCUGCAGUGUCAAAAGGAGUCAGUAAACCAGGUGCUAAAAGCAGCUAUGGCUAUCAAUGCUGAAGUACUAUCUGAAAUAGAGAUACCUGAAAGUUACAUUGAUUCACUCCCCAGGAAUGGAAGAGCGAGCCUCGGUGAUUUGAUCUAUAAAGGCAUUACAGUGGACCACUUUGAUCCAUCACAAUUCCUUUCGACUAUGGACUUGUCGACGGAACACAAAGUUCUUGACCUUAAGAAUAGGAUUGAGGCUUCCAUUGUCAUUUGGAAGAGGAAGAUGCACCAAAAAGACGGUAGGUCUUCUUGGGGUUCGGGUGUUAGCUUGGAAAAAAGGGAACUCUUCGAAGAAAGGGCGGAAACUAUUUUAAUCUUGUUAAAGCAACGUUAUCCCGGACUUCCACAAUCUUCACUCGAUAUAUCUAAGUUACAAGAUAAUAGGGAUGUAGGACAUGCUAUUCUAGAGAGCUAUUCAAGGAUUCUAGAGAGCUUGGCCUUCAAUGUCAUGUCAAGAAUCGAGGAUGUCCUUCAUGCUGAUUCCCUUGCUCAAACAUCAUCACCACAAAAAUCCGAGACAUCCCCUAGCUCAUCUGAUGAAGAUGCAUUGAGGGUGAGCAGUUCAGACACACCAACACUAUCAGAUUUUAUGGGUUGGGGUAUUGCUUCAAGGAGAAGAAGCUCAACUGAUCUAGAAAUCUACUUUAAGGGUGACAAUGACAAAAAACUGGCCAAGCCACCGGUUAGUUCUAUGCAGAAAAAGUCUCCUAAUCUAGAGAAGCUGGAAUCCUUAAGUGGCAAUAGAAGUCCAAAAGGUCGUUAUUGAUAGAUAGAGAAAAUGCAAUAACUGGGAGACAAGUACAUAUAAAUGUAUAUAUAGUUAGAAAGAAAGGUUAUCGUAAUAUACAUAUGUUCAGUCCAAAUGUCCAAUGUAGGAUUCCAUUGGGGACAGUAACUAAUGUCCAAAUUUGGACAGGGAAGUGAUUGUAUGACUCUUUUAAGAUUUGAUGUAUUUGGGAACUGCUUUCCGGCUGUCUUCAUCUCUAGUAAACUGUUCUGUCAUUUA